AAACAUGAAACUCGCAUAACAGGUGGGUACGACUUGUCACGCAGCCUGGGGGUCAUGUGCGAAAGGUGUCCAUAAAUUCAGCAGCUUGGCGGCAGGACAAACAGCAAGCACGUGGCAAAGGGAUAAGGACAGCAUAGGGAUCGCCUCAAGGAUUCUUUACUCAUUUGGGAAUACAACAAAGCUGGGAGAAACGAUGUGUAUGUGUAUUGCUGACAGGUAGGAAAAAUGGUCAUGAUGAAAGCCAGUGAGGUGGCGCCGUCGGCGACUGUCAAAUUCUUCGGCGCUGGCACUGCGGGUUGCGUUGCUGACCUGGUCACCUUUCCUUUGGACACGGCUAAAGUGCGACUACAGGUUCAGGGAGAGAUUCGGAAGGUAGAGGGAGCCGGUGCGAAAAAAUACCGCGGUGUGUUUGGUACCAUCAGCACAAUGGUGCGCACGGAGGGCCCCAUGAGUCUCUACAACGGACUGGUUGCUGGACUCCAGAGGCAGAUGAGCUUCGCCUCGGUACGAAUCGGUCUUUACGACUCCAUGAAACAAUUCUACACUCGAGGGACGGAAAGUUCGGGGAUCGUCACGAGGCUGAUGGCGGGCUGCACCACUGGUGCCAUGGCCGUGGCGCUGGCACAACCGACCGACGUGGUGAAGGUCCGCUUUCAAGCCCAGGCGCGGCUGGCUGACGGUGGGAGGAGAUAUAACGGGACUUUGGAUGCUUACAAGACCAUCGCUCGGGACGAGGGGGUGCGAGGACUUUGGAAAGGGUGCAUGCCCAACAUAACCCGUAAUGCCAUCGUCAACUGUGCCGAGCUGGUGACCUAUGACAUCAUUAAGGAGGUCAUCCUGAAGUAUAACUUAAUGACAGACAACCUGCCAUGUCAUUUCACCGCUGCCUUUGGCGCGGGCUUCUGCACCACAGUGGUGGCGUCGCCCGUAGACGUGGUUAAAACACGCUUCAUGAAUUCGGGAGCUAAGCAGUACAGCAGCGCCAUGAACUGCGCUCUCACCAUGAUCAAGAAUGAAGGACCCACGGCCUUCUAUAAAGGGUUCAUGCCUUCGUUCCUGCGCCUGGGUUCCUGGAACAUCGUCAUGUUUGUCACAUAUGAGCAAAUCAAACGAGGCGUGACACAGUACUGGGAGUCGCCAUUUUGAAGCCUCUAUCAGAAGGAAGCCAACACAGACUGAAGUGUUAAGUGGCAAUGAGUGGUUAGUUGCCAGACUAGCACUUGAAACGGCUUCCUGCCAUCACAACUCAGGUAGAUGAAAGGUCCACUAAUUCCAGUGGGAAUUCAUUAUGGGCAUUGCCUAGCGUACCAAAAUAUGCAGAUCCAAAUUCGGCCUCUGCUUUAAAACAGGAUGUCUAUGUUUACAACAAAAAAGGGGGAAAUGAAUGCGGGAUUGUUGUUUAUGUUGUGACCAUGUCGACUGAGCCAUAUGAUGAUUUUUUUUUUUUAGGGUUACAGUGCUUGUGCUCAAUGAUAAGAAGAACAUGGACUUAAAUACAUUGAUUUGUUGCUGGUCAAUAAAUUUGAAACAAGAAGAUACAAUAAAGUAUGACUUUUGAAAAAAA